UCGGUGACGGGACAAAGGGACACAAUGAGUAAGCGCACUGAGCGACGAGGGAUCCAUGUGGACCAAUCGGAACUGCUUUGCAAGAAAGGCUGCGGAUACUAUGGAAACGCUGGCUGGCAGGGCCUGUGCUCCAAGUGCUGGAGAGAGGAGUAUCAGAGAGCUCGGCAGAAACAGAUCCAGGAGGACUGGGCCCUGGCUGAGAAGCUGCAGAGAGAAGAGGAGGCGGCCUAUGUCAGCAUUCACAGUUCCUCUCAGACCCAGCCUCCACAAUCCCAUUCUCAGCCCUCUCUCGCCACCUUCUCCAAGUUUGAGGAGAAGAAAACCAACGAGAAGACACGCAAGGUCACCACUGUGAAGAAGUUUUUCAGCCCUUCCUCUCGCACUGCUCCUAAGAAAGUCCCCCUCGAAAACGAAAAUGAGAAAGAGAAGUUGCAUGGCAGGAGGGAGAGCCAUGGAGAGACCCUCCUGAGGGAUCUGAAGGGCAUUUUUACCCAACCUUGGGAGAUGGGCUCCUCCACUGAAGCUCUGGUUUCAAAGUUGAGAGAGAGCCACGAGGGAAAGACACCCAGUCCCUCCAUCACCCGUCGGUCCAGCAUCGAGACUGAUCGUGCGUCACGAGAUUUUGGGGAGUUCCUCAAGACCUUGAAGCCUGGCAGAGAGAUCCUAAAGCAGAGCUGCCUUUUUAUAGAUAGCAUGGGAAAUAAAAAGGAUCUUGGUGCAGAGGAACUGUCUGAAUGUGUGCAGGAUUUUUACCAGAACAUGUCUGACAGACUCAUGAGUCAUUUUAAAGGCUCCUCUGAUAAGGUGGACAGGGUGAUGGACCAGGUGGAAAAAUACAUCAUGACCCGACUCUACAAGAGCGUCUUCUGUCCCGAGACCUCAGAUGAUGAGAAAAAAGACCUGUCCACCCAGCACAGAAUUCGGGCCUUACACUGGGUGACCAUUCAGAUGCUGUGUGUUCCUGUGGAUGAGGAGAUCCCUGAGGUGUCUGAUGGUGUUGUCAAAGCCAUCACUGAUAUAAUUGAGAUGGACUCCAAGCGUGUGCCAAGGGAUAAACUGGCCUGCAUCACCAGUUGCAGCAAGCAUAUCUUCAACGCCAUCAGGGUUACCAAGAACGAACCAGCCUCUGCAGAUGAUUUCCUACCCACCCUUAUCUAUAUAGUUUUGAAGGCCAACCCCCCUCGGCUCCAGUCCAACAUCCAGUACAUCACACGCUUCUGUAACCCCUCAAGACUCAUGACGGGAGAGGAUGGAUACUACUUUACCAAUCUGUGUUGUGCUGUGGCCUUCAUUGAGAAGCUGGAUGCCCAGUCGUUGAAUCUUAGCACUGAGGACUUUGAGUGCUACAUGUCCGGUCAGGCUUCUCCUCGAAGACAAGACGAUCCUGCCUGGCCUCAGACUGGCUCCUGUAUCAACCCAGCUCUUAGCCAGAUCCAUCAAAAUCUUAGCGUCCUAUCUAACCUUGAAAAAAGACAGCAGCAGGUGAUAGAGGGUGCCCAGAGCCUGCAAACUGAACUGGCAGAAUGGCAGAACAAUGUUGCCCGAGAGGUGCAGGAAAUCCUGGAGAGAUACCCACUGGAGAUCAAACCACGAGCAUCCGCAAUCGAUGCAGAAAAUGUGGAGAAUGAUAGGCUACCACCUCCCAUUCAACCAGAAGUGUUUGCAGGCUAGCAAUCAAAACUAGUUUUGCGGUUGCUUACAUAACUCUUCUAGAGUGAAUAACCCAGAAACAUGGUCUCACCGAGAUGAGUAAAGCAUAGCUGCUUUUGUCAUUGUACUUUUCUCUUGUAUCUGGGACAACAGGGGUUUUACCAUUCCAUGUGCUUUUUUAAAGGGAUGAAGAUCAUGUCAUCAUUUAUUCACCCUCAUGAUGUUUUAAACCGGUAUGACUUUCAUUAUUUCAUGGAACACAAAAGGAGAUGUUAGGGACUGGCAGCCUCAGUCACCAUUACCUUUCAUUGCCCAGACAGAAAGAUGCAUUGAAAGUCAAAAGUGACUAAGACUAACAUGCCUACUCUCUCCUUUUGUGUUACAUUAAAGAAUGAAAGUCAUAUGGGCUUGGAACAACAUGAGAGUAAAUGAUGACUGAAUUGUCAUUUUUGGGUAAACUUUAAAUGUUUGCACAUUUGGUCACCUGUCAUCUUUUUUCUGCAGGUAUGUUCUUGUUGGACCAUGUUUGUGCAGCCGUUUCAGACAUAGGUGGGCUGUUUGUGAAAACGAAAUACGCUUUUCUGACCCGGUAGAUCUGGCACUAAUUUAGUCAAUGUGUUAGCUUUAUCAUAUAUAUAUAUAUAUAUAUAUAUAUAUAUAUAUAUAUAUAUAUAUAUA